AUGACAGGAGAUAUUUUAAUGGACAUUCCGAGACUGGCGACUGAGAUUCUGAGAUCUUCGGUAACUUCUUCCAUAAAUUCAGGGAUUUCGUUGGAAAUGUGGGCUUGUCAGGUAACAUUAUCAGACCUGGGUUCAAAAACUAUUUGAAAUCAUUUGAAAUACUUUAGCUGGGCUUGAUUGAGAUUGCCAAUGGAAUAGAAACCCCAAACCCUGCCCAUCUGGCUCUCUAACACACACACACACACACACGUGCAAACACACACACACAAAAGAGAAGGAAUGAACGCUGAUGUCAUCUUGAUACAAUGUCAUAUUAGGCCUAGACUACAUGCUUUCAUCCGCCCAUAGGCUUAUUUGGUUGUGAUUGUGAAAAGACGGUUUGGGCGCCCAGUGUUUUUCCAUGUUACAGGUACUGACUGACACACACCUGCCCAUAGAGCUCUCUCUCUCUGCUUGUGUGUGCGCGUGUGUGUGUGUGUGCGCGUGUGUGUGUGUGCGCGUGUGUGUGUGUGUGUGUGUGUGCGCGUAUGUGUGUGUGUGUGUGUGUGUGUGUGCGCGUAUGUGUGCAUGCGUGUCAGACUGCAGUUAUUCAGAGGGUUUAUUCAGUGACCAACUCAGACAAUAAGCUUUCAGACUGAUAAAAGCUUUCAUAAUGAUUUGAUGCUGCUGACCAUUGUGUAAUGUAAAUAAACCACAUAUAACUGGUGACUAACCCUCCUCUUGGGAAAGUGAAGCUAAUAAAUUGAUGUUUGAGGAUAUGCGUUCAAGUCUCUUGUCUAAACUCUCAAUGAAGUCUUUAAUUCCUCACAGACCGUAUGACUGAUCAUUUCUCAUUAGGUGAACAUCCUGAUCAUCAACAGUGACAAAACGAGUGAGUCGAUUCCACUCUUCACUUUUUCUCUCUUUCCAUCAUCAGCAUCCGCCAUCACUUUACCUAACUUACCUGUCCCUGCAUCUCUCAGUACGAUUCAUGUUCUGUAUUCAUGAUGACAUACUGUACAUAGCAAUACAUGAGUUUUUAUCUCUGUAACAGCAGCUCCAGGUCAGGCUUGAUACAGCUCUAAGCCCUCUCCUGCCUCUGAAGAGAGAGACAGACUGUUUAAGGGUUAAACAUAGCUCCUGUCAAACCUACACAUUAUACAUCUUCAGUCUUCUCCGCUCCACAUCUCUCCAUCCUCCUCUACCCGGAGAAAUUCUUUACGUGAUUUAAGGCGAGGUAAAUAUAUGGCACGCAAUUAGUAAGAACGCUUCCGGUCGUAUUACCAAAAAAAACAGACUUUCUGAUAACACCAUGCAAGAAAUUGCAUGCAUUGGGCUUCUAAGGUGUGAUGCUAGGUCUACUGUAUGUAGUGUAGCACUAGGCCAGGGGAGGGAGAAUACCUCAGUAACAGCUAAGGUGUGAUGCUAGGUCUACUGUAGUGUAGCACUAGGCCAGGGGAGGGAGAAUACCUCAGUAACAGCUAAGGUGUGAUGCUAGGUCUACUGUAUGUAGUGUAGCACUAGGCCAGGGGAGGGAGAAUACCUCAGUAACAGCUAAGGUGUGAUGCUAGGUCUACUGUAUGUAGUGUAGCACUAGGCCAGGGGAGGGAGAAUACCUCAGUAACAGCUAAGGUGUGAUGGUAGGUCUACUGUUUGUAGUGUAGCACUAGGCCAGGGGAGGGAGAAUACCUCAGUAACAGCUAAAGUAAGGCAGAAAAUCAGAAGUACGAUCAGAUGCAAUCUGAUGUAUUUAUGGUACAGUAUGUUUGGAAUCAGUGGCGAUAGAAUUAGGAAGUCUUGAGAGGCUUUGGGAUUGAACAUGCUGACCGUGCAGGAAUGUGUAGAUGUCCACAGCUAGAGAAUGGCACAUGGUAUAGACAGUGACUUGGCCUACAAUUCAGAGGGAAAAAUUCUGUGAGUGAGCAUGGUUACGGAAAACCAUGUGUCCACUUUUCUAUACUGAUAACGAGCACAGACACAGACAACACUCAAAGACAUUGUCGUCCGCUGGUUGCUGUCUUUUUACCUUCUGGUAUUCAAACAAGCAGCCGAGACAUUUGUCAAUCAAACCUAGCUGACUCCAUGGCCUUCCUGGACUAAAAGUGAUCAUUUCCAAAUACCCUAUGUGAAAGAUUAAGUGUAAUAUGCAUUUGUUUCAUACUAUAUGCAUGAUACACCAUUGUCUGUACAGGCCUAUAUGAGUUAUUUUUCCAUACAUGACACUGUUGUCAGAUUCUUCCCAUCUCUCUCUACCUGAGACAGCUUUAAAUUCCAGAGCAUAUCUUCAAGAGAAAUUCCAAGAGGAUUGUUCUAUCACUGUAUCCCUCCUCCUCCUUCUCCUCCCUCUCUCUCUAUCCAUCUUCAUCCCUUUCUCCGGGCGGGAGGUGGAAGGAAUGUGUCAGGCCCUUUGCCCUCUCACUCUCCCUGUUUUCCGAGAGGAUUAACCGGAAGAUGAAUGUGUAUUCCGAUCACUCCGCUCGGAAUACCGAGCUUCUUUCUGUAUUCCGUCUCUUAUCCAGAGUGCUGAUGUCUCACCUGGAGAGAGAGCUCUGAGUUAAACGGCGGUCAUCCUGAUUCGACAUGAUGCCUUCAUCACAAAGCAUCUAGGAUGGCCAGUCACUGCAGUGUCAUAUCCUUAUUCCUUCCACCUGGCCAAUGGUUGAUGGUGUUACUAAUUGUGCACUGUAGAAAUGUCUGAUAACAAUGUUGAGCAUUGCGCAUUGGCUACCUUGUGUCCAUCCUCUACCUUACGUAGCCCAUCAAUACCAGAUAAUGCCACCCUGGAUCAGUCUCACUCAGAGAAACUUACUUCAACUGAUCUCAGAGCAGUCCUUCCCUCUGCAGCUCUACCAGACUGCUGCUUGGCCCAGUUUCAAAACACAACUGGAUCAGGCCCUGUAGGGAUCAGUGGAAACACAUUUGUUUCAAAUCUCUUCUCCUAACGUUUGGUGUAGAGCAGUAAAUAAAGAUGAACUCUCUUGGAAGGGUUCAGAGUCUGCCUGUCUCUGUCUGAUGGGCUCAAAGUGUUGUUCGAUGGUGCAGCAGGCUCUCUAAGCACAGUUCUAGGACCAGCUGAGCUAACACCACCCUAACAUGGCCUGCUAACUUAGAUCGUUAAGGGAAAAAUAUGCUAAACUGACCAUGACUAGGGGAAACUUAUCCUACUCUGUAACGGCUUUUACCGGUUUAGGAGAGAGCUCCAACUAUUCCUGAGGUUGCUGUCUGUGUAUUCCUGGCAAUAGACAUAUCACUCUCUGAGAUGUCCCACUGAUAGAGUGAUAGGCACAUCUAGGCCUAGAUCAGGGGUGUCAAACUCAUUUUAGCUCAGGGGCCACAUGGAGGAAAAUCUAUUCCCAAGUGGGCCGGACCGGAAAAAUCAUGGUAUAUAUAACUUAAAAACAACAACUUCAGAUUGUUUUCUUUGUUUUAAUACGAUCAACAUACAACAUAAAGCUGGAGCCUGAGGACAGUGUGUCCAAAAUAGUACAAGCACAACAUCACUAUUAAUCAUAAAACACGUCAAGUUUAUUUGAAAAUUCUAAAGAAAAAGAACACACAAACACACAAUGCCUCAGUGAUUAACAGAACUGUUUCACAGAUCACAGAACUAUAUCAGGGUGUCAUUUCUCAGGCAGAAAUGUAGAUAAAAAUAAUGAAAUCCUGUUCCCCAAACAAGUGCAAGAACCACAGAGUCAAGAAUAGGUUAAAUAUACAGAUAAAAUAAAAACAAUUAAAAACAAUAGCACAUCAACAUAAAAACAUAUAAACAUAAAUCUGAAAGCGUUGCUCAAACUCCCGUAACAGUCCAGUUAUUUUAUCUUUGAACCGCUUCAUGUCUGCCACAUGUUGGGUCGCGCACACAUUUUUCAGACAGGGGAAGUGAGCUGCAUCACCACCGGCAAGUUGCGUCUCCCACAAUGACAGCUUCAACUUGAAAGAACGUAUGCUGUCAUAAUACUGCGUGACAACUUUGUUGCGCCCUUGCAGCUGUUUGUUCAAGUUAUUCAGGUGCUCUGUAACAUCCACCAUAAAUGCAAGGUCUGGCAUCCAUUCUGCGGAAUGAAAUUCUAACACUGGUUUGCCCUUUUCUUCCAUGAACUGUUCAAUUUCUUCUCGUAAAUCAAAGAAACGCCUCAGCACAGCACCUCGGCUUAACCAUCUUACCUCAGUGUGGUAUGGCAGGCCAUAGAUGUGGUCUUUCUCUCUGAGAAGGCUGUCAAACUGACGGUGAUUCAGGCUUCUGGAUCGGAUGAAAUUAACAGUUUGGAUGACCACCUUCAUGACGUUAUCCAUCUUUAAUGACUUGCAACACAAAGCCUCCUGGUGCAAAAUACAGUGAAAAGUCAAAAAAUCACGUCCUCCAUUUGCAGAUUGCACUUUCUCUCUGAACUUUGUCACAACGCCUGCUUUUUUCCCGAUCAUUGAGGGCGCACCAUCUGUAGCCAGGCUGACAGCGCGGGACCAGUCCACUCCGACCCUGUCCAGCGCGCCGACCAGUGCGGUAAAAAUAUCAGCUGCUGUCGUUGUAUCUGUCAUCGGCACCAACUCCACGAACUCCUCGGUGACGGUCAAUGUGUCAUCAACUCCGCGGAUGAAAAAAUUGCCAGUUGUGCAACAUCUGUAAUGUCCGUGCUUUCAUCAAUUGCAACCGAAAACGCAAUAAAUGACUUUACUUUUUGCUUCAACUGGCUGUCCAAAUCCGCUGAAAGAUCGGAAAUCCUGUCUGCAACUGUGUUUCUUGUCAGGCUGAUAUUUGCAAAAGCCUGCCGCUUUUCAGGGCACACAAUCUCCGCUGCCUUCAUCAUGCAUGUUUUUACAAAUUCACCCUCACUAAAUGGUUUUGAAGCCACUGCGAUUUCAUUAGCAAUUAGGUAGCUAGCUUUCACUGCAGCGUCACUGAUGUCUCGGCUGUGAGUAAACACAGACUGCGGUUUCUUCAGACCCGCUAACAGUUCAUUCACCUUCUCUCAUCUCCGCUGUCCUUGAAAGUUGUCAUAUUUGUCGGCAUGAAGACUCACAUAGUGGCGACAAAGGUUAUAUUAUUUCAGCACUGCAACAUGCUCUGAACACACCAAACAUACAGCUUUCCCAUUCAAUUCCGUGAUUAAAUAGGAUGACCAUUUUUCUUGGAACACUCUGCACUCUGCGUCCACUUUUCUCUUUUUUGACAGAGACAUAUUGGGGCAAUGAGGGUGCCAAAGCACAUAAUGUUAAAAGUAGAAGCCGUAAUAAAUAUCGCGGGCAAAACAAAGUAGCUCAUUGGCUGCAUGUGCUUGACCUACUUGCUCUGCCCCGGUAUAAACAGUUUGCUUGCUUAACACAAUUGCUAUUGCGCCAUCCAGUGGACGCAAUUGGAACAGCAGUUUAUUUUAUUGAAGAAUUGCAGCGCAUUUUUAUACUUAAAAAAAAAAAUAUAUAUAUAUAUAUAUAUAUUUUUUUUUUUUCAAAAUUAUCUCGCGUGCCGGAUUAAACCCGUUUGCGGGCCUGAUCCGGCCCGCGGGCCGUACGUUUGACACCCCUGGCCUAGAUCAAGGAGGGAUCCAUUGGACAGACUGUUAGAGUGAUAGAGACGUACUGAUUGACGGAUGAAGGGAUGGAUCCAUGGGACGAGCAGACUGAUAGACAGACAGGUCAGAUCGAUGUCUCUUCCUGAGCAUUGCUGGCUUGUGCAUUCCUGGCGGUGGUUGGACCGCGGAGAGGGCUGGUCUCUCCGGGUCAGCCCAUAUAGGGCUUGUCUGUCUGUGCCGGGCAGGAAUGUUAGAAGGGAGCAGCGUUCCUGUAACGGGAAGCAUUUUAAGGGGAUUUAUCCACGGAAUGUCAAACUCAAUGCCACAGAAUAUCAAACUUCGGAAUGCUGUAAAUCUGGAUCAGACAGACACCUGCCCCGAGCAUCUCGUUCUCUGUCUCCAUUCCCCCCUCCAUCCACCCUGAGCAUCUCUUUCUCCAUCCAUCCUUUUUGAGUCUCGCUCUAUCCCUGAUCCCUCCCUCCUUCCACCCACAGCAUCUCCAUCCCUCCCUCCCUCUCACUUUCUCCAUCCAUCCCUCCCUCCCUCUCUCUCUCCAUCCUUCUUGCUGUAUCCCUGAUCUCGCCCUUCCAUUCCUUACCUAAUCACCUGAUCCUUGAUAGACAGUAGCCCAUCCCUCUUUUCCCAGACCUCUUCUCUGGCCAUGCCUCUUUUCUUCCAAUGUAGUCAUUGCUUUAUUAAAAAGGAAAACAGUGAGAGUGAGGGGCAGAUACAAAUUGACACAGAAGUCAGUAGCCUAAAAAGCAACUUUUGUAAUCAUUUUCAUAUUCAGAGAUAUGUGCAACUCAAAAAGUUCCUUUCAAAGCUGGAGAGACAGUCCGGUUCAAUCAUGGUCAUGUAAAUGGACCUAGGCAUACUGUAUUUGACCCAGGUCAGACCAAGACCCAGAAUAGAAUGAUUAUGGAGAGAAUGUAUUUUCCCAUUACCUGCCAGACCGUUUCUUCUCUCUGUUAAGGGAGACACCUGCAGUGGGUAUCCCUCACGCCUCUGGCACAUCCAUCAGGUCAAAACUCUAGUUCUAACCCCCCUGGCAGACACACACAGUCUGAGGUUGGUCCAGAGUCCAGUACCAUGUGUGAUAGGCCUAUGCUGACUGAGUUAUGUUGAUAUUAUCCAGGAGUCUUGGCCUCUCUCCUGACUGCCCAUGCUCCUUCACUUUGAGGGGCACUCUGGUUUUCAUCAUAACAAGUUGCAACAGAGGAGGGAGGUAAAAAGGGGAAUUGUCAUAGUUGUGGACUUUUCCAAUGGGUCUUGGGGUACAAAAAUAAUUAUACGAAAAUAUCUUCACAAAAAGUAAAAGUCUUUGUACAAGCGCAAUUAAUCAGAGACGAUAAAAAAGCAGACCCCAAUGUGUGACGUUCCUAACAAAACGGAAGUGACGUUUUUGUGUACGCACUGUUGUCCCGCUAGCUAAUGCUUUGGAAAACAGUAAGGAGCACGCUACUUUGUGAUAUCUCAAUUGUUUUAUUUCGAAAACAUUUAUUUUAGGUUACAAUUCGUUUUAAAUAUGGGAACACUUCUCCUGUUACCCUCCUAAGACUUUUGGUUUGCUUGUUAUUCAAGAUGGUAGCGUGAGCUAGUUAGCUAUGCUAGCAGUUGUCCUAGCAAAUAAGCUAGCUAUUAUUUCAAACGUCUAAGUUAAUGGCUAACUUCACGGUGUGCAAACAUUUGUAAACGCAUAAACGAAGCUAAGACCCUGUGCUUUCUCCCGUAGGUGACAAAGGCUAUCCGCUAGUGCGCUGUACAAGCUAACAACAUGGUAAGUUGCCAGACUACAUCAAAAUGUGUUCAUCAUGCUAGUAACUAACAUUAGUUUCCUUGGGAAAUUUGCUCUUUUAGUAUUUGUCCAACCACUGUUGGCGCCAGGUUUCCUCCGUGUGGAAGCCCCACUGGGGCGGCAGGUAGCCUAGCGGUUAAGAGCGUUGGGCCAGCAACCGGAAGGUCGCUGUUUCGAAUCCCCUAGCCGGCAAGGUGGAAAUAUCUGACGUUCUGCCCUUGAGCAAGGCAGUUAACCCCCAACAACAACUGUUCCCCGGGCGCCGAUGACGUGGAUGUCGGUUAAAGGCAGAACCUCUCUGAUUCAGAGGGGUUGGGUUAAAUGCGGGAGACACAUUUCGGUUGAAUGCAUUCAGUUGUACAACUGACUAGUUAUUCCCCCUUCCCCUUAUCCAUGUAGGGAAAACAUGGUGCCACCAGUGGUGGACAAAAUAGCUAAUUUUCCAAGGACACUGUUAGCUACUAGUGCGUUGAAUACUGACUAGGUAUUUCCCCUUUCCCUUAUCCAUGUAAGAAAACCAAAUAUCUUAUUGUAACGUAACAAUGUUCACAUUUGCCUCCUUUUCCAUGUCUACUUUCUCAGGGUGAGAGGAAAGGACAAAACCAUUACUACCCUCCAGACUUCGACCCACAGAAGGUAAAUAUGACCACUACCAUCAUCACAUAUAAUAAUAGAUGAGUGAUAGGUUAAUACAUAUAAUCCUACACGUGAGCCUCUUUUAACCUGUUCUCUCUCUUUGUCUUCCCCACACUCUGACUCUUUUUUUCUCACUUUCUCUUUCUCCCUCCCUCUCUCCCUUCCCCCCCCCCAUUUCUUCCCCCAUCUCUUCCCCUCCCUCUCUCUAGCAUGGCUCCCUCAAUGGCUACCAUGGAACCCACGCUCUACGAGAGAGGGCCAGGAAACUGUCCCAGGGUAUCCUCAUCAUCCGGUCAGUAACACAGACACACACAUCAAAGUCAGUAGUUUGAUGGGUUACAGGAAACUGACUCUCUAUGUAUUUUCCCAGGUUUGAGAUGCCCUAUAAUAUCUGGUGUGAUGGCUGCAAGAAUCACAUCGGCAUGGGUAAGCUCUCUCGCUCUCUCUUCCAUUCUCAGUUUUCCAGCAUGUUGCUAUAUGUUUUCCUUUUUCAUUAACAUAAUUUUGGUCAAUCAGGUGUACGUUACAACGCUGAGAAGAAGAAAGUGGGGAACUACUACACCACACCAAUCUACAGGUAAGACCAGACACAUCUCAAUCUCACACACACACACACACACACACUGAAGGCCAAUAAAUACAUCUGUGUGUUUGCCUGUGUGCUCCUCUUCAGGUUCCGGAUGAAGUGUCACCUUUGUGUGAACUACAUUGAGAUGCAGACGGACCCGGCCACCUGUGAUUACGUCAUCGUCUGUGGGGCUCAGAGGAAGGAGGAGAGAUGGGACAUGGCUGACAAUGAACAGAUCCUCACUACAGGUAACUAAGUUCCCUCUCAUUGACCUUACGUUCUGUUAGGUGGGUGUAAGAGGAAGGAUGGGACAUGGCCGAUAACGAACAUCCUCACCACUGGCAACUAAUUACAUUUGACCUCUCAGAGACCUUUUAGUGACCUCUCAUUCUUUAAUACUUCAAACCCCAAAACAAAAAAUGGAUGCCUAUUCCCUUCCAACAAUGGCACAAUUGACAAAAGUUAAUUUAUUCCUUAUUUUCUUCCCUCUUUAUCUCUCUCUCUUGUUCUUCUUUCUCACCUUACACCUACCCCACUUAUUUCCCUCUCUCCCCCCCCCCCCUUUCCCAUCCCUCCUCUCCCCCCCAGAGCGUAGUGAGAAGGAGAAGUUAGAGACAGACCCCAUGUAUAAGCUGGACCACGGUGGUAAGGACAAGGAAAAGCUGAGGAAGGCUCUUCCCUCUCUGUCUGAGCUGCAGGAUCACCAGGCUGGAUGGAAGGACGACUUCAUACUCAACAGCAAGCUCCGCAGGAAGUUCAGGGUAACUGCACUGCACUCAGAGGCCACAUUUAGAUUCUCUACUCUUCUCCUGAAGUGUACACUUGUUCACUUCCCUUCUUGAAUUUGACAGGAAAUGACAGUUAUAAGAACCUCCCUCUAGCCCAUGACUACACCAAUCCAAUGCUUUUACAUUUGUGGUGGGUAGUGAACGAGUGCACACUUCAGGAGGAUGGAUAUAUGAUUGGGAUUCUCCCAUGGUAUUACUAGGCCUCUUUGUCAAAUAGGAUAUGAGGAAUCAAGGAAAUACUAUCUCCUUGCCUCCUUAAAAUGCAUUGGAGUAAUAGGUCAGUGUGGAGGGACCUUGGAGUUUUUCCCUCCAGUAUGGUUUAAAAGGCGGCGAAGAUGCGAGAAGCCCGUUUGUAAAAGAGAUGUAUCUCAAAUGGACUCGCAUAAAUGAAUAGCAUAUAAGUUCUGUAAAAGAGGUGGAUAGGUGUAGGUCUGUCUUUAGGCCUCCUGACUAACCGUUAACUCUGAUUUAAUACGCAGACUGAGAAGAAAGUGAUGGCGGAGGAGGAGGAGAAAGACAACGCGGUGAGAAAGAGGACAAAUCUGUCCAUCCCUCUGCUGCCUGAGAAAGAGGAGGACAAGAAACUAGCAGCACUGCUCACCUACACAGCUCCUGACUGUAAGUGGGCACGUACACACACACACACAGAAUAAUAAUGCACUCUAAACCAGACUUUCUCUCACACACUGUUCACACACACUAUAUCCCAGGCAAACACACACUACUUUUUCAUGAAGAAACACCAUCUCUCCUCCUCCCCUCAUCCACUUCCUCUAGCCUACGAUGACAGACAGAACUACAAGCGGAAGGAGAUCUCUAGCCGCUCCUGGUUCAGUUCCCCCACUCUGCCACCAGGGAGCGCUGCAGGCAGCCUACUCCACAAGCUGGGCCUACAGGGGAAAGGCACAGCUGUGGCCAAAGCCCUGGGUCCCCUAGCCUCCUCCCCUAACCCACACAGUCUCAUAAGGAGGUAGGUCAAUGAAUGAAAGAAUGGAUUAAUUAGAAUUUCCCCAUUAGCUGACGCCAACGACGACAGCUAAUCUUCCUUGGGCCCAACACACAACUAAAUAGACAUCACUGUCAAAAGACUUUACAAUUUACAUGAAUGGUAGUGGGUCUAUCAACAUCAUAAGGUAUGAAUCAGUUUUCCCUUUUAGAUCAUAAUGAAUAAGAUGACAUGGACAAGGGUGACCCUCCCCACCUUUUUGUUUAGUUUUUACACUGCUGCUAUUCACUGUUUAUUAUCUAUGCAUAGUCACUUUACCCCUACCUACAUGUACAAAUUACCUCGACUAUCCUGUACCCCUGCAUAUUGACUCUGUACCGGUACCACCUGUAAAUAGCCUCGUUAUUUUAUGUUACUUUUUAUUACAUUCUUUAGUUUAUUUAGUAAAUAUUUCUUGAACUGCAUUGUUGGUUAAGGGCUCGUAAGUAAGCUUUUCACGGUAAAGUCUACACCUGUUGUAUUCGGUUCAUGUGACAAAUAGAAUUUGAUUUGAUUUGACACUGAAACGCUUUAUGAAAACAGGCCCAGUAAUGUUUAUGUAACCUAAGCCACCUUUUUGUUGUGCUAACCUGUUGCAGUGGGUUCACCAUAUUUGCUACACAGUUGAUUGAUAGUGUGUGUUUGGUUAUCCACAGGAGGACCGAGGGCUCUGGGAACAAACCAGAGGCCUGCGCUACAGUCACACGCAGGAAAUCAGACCCAGGAACCAAUGAUCUAGGAAACAGUCUGUCGCCGGAAGGGAUGGAAUUAGAUGUUGCACAAACACAAACGACUGGGGGGACAGAUUUGGGAGUUGCACAGUCCGAGCAGGGACAGGAAAUGGUGGGAACUCACAUGAGAUCUCUGGAGAUGCAGAGUCCUAACACCACCACAGAAGAAGAGGACAGAGGACGAUCGAAAGGAGAGGAUUCUGGGACAGUGCUGGAGGAACUUGACAGUAGUCGCUCUGGGGUGUUGAGGACGUCGCUGGUUGCGGACUACAGCGACUCCUCCUCCGACUCAGGGGUGUAGGGUGAAGUUGCCCCUAGACACUGAUCUUGAGUCAGUUUUGCAAUUCCCCCACUAAUGG